AUGCCAGGAGCAGCAGCAGCAGCAGCCGCCGCCGCCGCCGCUAUGCUCCCAGCUCAGGAGGCUGCUAAGCUCUAUCACACCAACUAUGUACGGAACUCCCGGGCCAUUGGCGUGCUCUGGGCCAUCUUCACCAUCUGCUUUGCCAUCGUCAACGUGGUGUGCUUCAUCCAGCCCUACUGGAUCGGGGACGGCGUGGACACUCCUCAAGCGGGCUAUUUCGGGCUCUUCCACUACUGCAUCGGGAACGGCUUCUCCAGGGAACUGACCUGCCGGGGCAGCUUCACAGACUUCUCCACCCUGCCCUCCAGCGCCUUCAAAGCUGCCUCCUUCUUCAUCGGGCUCUCCAUGAUGCUCAUUAUCGCCUGCAUCGUCUGCUUUACCCUCUUCUUCUUCUGCAACACGGCCACCGUCUACAAAAUCUGUGCCUGGAUGCAGCUCACCUCCGCUGCCUGUCUUGUACUUGGCUGUAUGAUUUUCCCUGAUGGCUGGGAUUCAGACGAGGUAAAACGGAUGUGCGGUGAAAAGACAGACAAGUACACACUUGGGGCUUGUUCAGUCCGCUGGGCGUACAUUCUGGCUAUUAUUGGAAUCUUGGAUGCCCUGAUCCUCUCAUUUCUGGCAUUUGUGCUUGGUAACCGACAAGACAGUUUGAUGGCAGAGGAACUGAAGGCAGAAAACAAAGGUGCAAGAAAGCAGCCCAGACUUUUGGACAGCAAACCAGACAUCCUUGAAGAAUAG